AUGACUUCCAAGGAGGAUGGCAAGGCGGCGCCGGGGGAGGAGCGGCGGCGCAGCCCGCUGGACCACCUGCCGCCGCCCGCCAACUCCAACAAGCCGCUGACGCCGUUCAGCAUCGAGGACAUCCUCAACAAGCCGUCCGUGCGGAGAAGUUACUCGCUGUGCGGGGCGGCGCACCUGCUGGCCGCCGCCGACAAACACGCGCCGGGCGGCUUGCCCCUGGCGGGCCGCGCGCUGCUCUCGCAGACUUCGCCGCUGUGCGCGCUGGAGGAGCUCGCCAGCAAGACCUUUAAGGGGCUGGAGGUCAGCGUCCUGCAGGCAGCUGAAGGCCGCGACGGGAUGACCAUCUUCGGGCAGCGGCAGACCCCAAAGAAGCGACGGAAGUCGCGCACGGCCUUCACCAACCACCAGAUCUACGAGUUGGAAAAGCGCUUCCUGUACCAGAAGUACCUGUCCCCGGCAGAUCGCGACCAGAUCGCGCAGCAGCUGGGCCUCACCAACGCUCAGGUCAUCACCUGGUUCCAGAAUCGACGCGCCAAGCUCAAGCGGGACCUGGAGGAAAUGAAGGCCGACGUGGAGUCUGCCAAGAAACUGGGCCCCAGCGGACAGAUGGACAUCGUGGCGCUGGCGGAACUCGAGCAGAACUCGGAGGCCGCAGGCGGAGGCGGCCCGGGCUGCGGCAGGGCCAAGUCGAGGCCCGGCUCCCCGGUGCUGCCCCCCGGCGCCCCGCAGGCCCCGGGAGCCGGGCCCCUGCAGCUCUCGCCCGCCUCUCCGCUCACGGACCAGCGGGCCAGCAGCCAGGACUGCUCGGAGGACGAGGAGGACGAAGAGAUCGACGUGGACGAUUGA